CAAGCAGGGACUCACUGAUAGACCACUCUGCUUCCAGUUCUGGGGCUGACACACUCUCCCACAUCCCCACACCCAGUGUAUCCUUUACAGCUGAGGAAGCACACACCAAACAGCAAUGGCAGUCCAGUUAAGAGUCAUUUUACAAGAACACAGCAUUAAGAAGUUGACACUUCCAACAGGAAUUCCCAAUACAGUAGACGAUCUUGUUUCCAUAAUUACUGAAACUUUCCAAUUGCAUGGGGAAUAUGGACUACUAUACCAAGACAAAGACUUUGACAAUCAGUUUUUCAGUGUCACCUCAACUGCUGACUUGUAUGACAAGGCCACUGUUAAAAUGAUCCUAAAAGAGCCUAACAUCACCCUUGACCUACACCCAAUAUUUGAAUCAGGACCAUCAUCUACAUUGAGCUCUUUGAGUUCUGUGAGCACCCAUCCUGCAAGUACUCCUGAAACAAAUAUCUGCCCUGAAGAUCAUGAUGCAUCCUCACAGGUGUCCGACUCCACAUCGUCAGGUUCCAGCGACACCAUUAUUCUGCCUGAUUCAUGUCGCCUUGCUGCAUGGCCAGUGCCAUUUCAAGUACCUGAGUUUUCCAGAGACAUACAACUAAUCCUUGCAGAGGCAAACAACUCAUAUCAUGCCACUGGAAGACACUUCACGGAUGCCAGCGUUAAAUCAGCAAUAAUGCAAGACCUUGCAAAAGUAAUUUUUUCGUACACUGCUUACCCAACGAAUCAGCAGAUCCUUUCAGUGGCUGAAGCCUUGGUUUCCAAGUUUCCAUGUCUUAGGGAACCAGGAUCAUUUGCAGGCUUAUAUGGCUGGCAGCAGCGCAUAAAAUACAAGAUGCACAAUUACCGGGCCAAGCUAAGAUCUCGAAAAUAUUCUUACCCGGAAAUUGAAAUCAACACCUUAAGAAGGAAGCAUCCAGCUGAUGCAGUGCCAUCAAAAAAUGUAAAAAAGCCCAAAAAAGCAGAGGUUAAUUACCUCCCUCCGCACCCUACUGGUGAAAGCCAAGAGACACUGGAGAAAGAGAGGCUUGAAUUAACUUGUGAAAUAACAAAGAAAAACAAUGCAAAGAUAAUUGCAGAUAAAAUGAAUAAAACUUUCUCUAGCCGAAGAGUUGAAGUAGUCAGCCUAAGCCCCUCUGUGAUUGUGUUUAAAGAAAGGUGGCCAGCGUUAUUCACUGAAGCUCAGGUGAGAAUGUAUUUAUAAUUUUUCCUUCCCAUCAAGAAAAAUGUAUGUGAUUACUAUGAGAUCUGGUCUGUCAUUUAAAAUUUUAUUUUUGUCCUUUUAUUUCCUAGAUCAAGGAAGAGUUCAGACGUAUCACAACAGUUUCUUUGGAGGAGACGUUCAUGCUAAAGCUUGAUGAGUACACACCAGGUCUUCUGCAGCUUAUGCGUGCUAAAGGAGGGGCUGCUGGUUCCAAGAUGCACCCUCUGUUGGACACUAUAAAUGACACACAGAGCAUUGAGAAAAAAAGGGAUGCAGUUGUCUGCUGCCUCAUUAACUACCUUGGUGAAAGACAAGAAGAUCUUUUCCAUGACUGCCAGGGAUGUGAGGACUACACAGACAAAACAAUGAAGGUGAUCGUGAUGCACAACAUCAUGGCUGAGGAGGAUCCAUCAGAUGUGUCGAUUGUGAUUGAGGGAAACCAAGUGAUGGAAGGAUGUGGAAGCCGAACAAAGGCAUGUGUACUGCUGAUGGGACUGAUAUAUGCCCUCAACCUUGACUAUCCAAAGCAGCUGAAGAACACAUUUGAAGCUUUUCAAAAACUCUUUUUGGAACUUGAUGGGGAGAAACUACUGAAGAAGGUCCACAGCCUCAAAAACAAGCUCAUGCAAUAGACAUACAUUUCCCUCUUGUUCCAAGAGGAUCUUUUGUCUGGACAGAGAGUUUUAAUGGAGUAUAGUUUUAUAUUUUUGUUCUCUUCCGUCCUCUGCUCCACACACAGACACAGAAAUAUAUGUACAGAUGGAUACAUAGGUAUGUUGCAGCCUCUCUCAGCCCACUCCAUUGUUCUCUGAUUUCUCCACAUUGACAGAAAUGGAAAAGCAAUAGAAACUGGCCAGUCUGGUUAAUACCUCUGAGUGAAUCCUAAAGAAUUUUGAACUCACCCUCUUUCCCUCCCCAUUUGUUUUUUUAUUUUAUUCUCAUCCUGUCUCUGAGAGUGAGAGCAAGCGCAGAAACUAAAGAAUGUUGAUUUUCUGAUCUGUCUUUAUCUGUCUUUAUCCAGAUGUUUGAUACUGUACCAAUUAUCCAGAAAGAACAUUUGAAGCCAUUAGCUUAGUGUGUUAUAAAACUGGUUUAUUCAUUGAAAUGUUGUGUGAUGCUGUGUACUGCACUUACUUCAUUUUUUGAUAAUUUAGUGUAUUAUUGCUGCAUAUAAACAGGGCAGUUCAGUUAUUUGUUGUGUAUUAAUACACCUGCAGAUCUGCAGAUUUGCUCAGUCACUGUUGUGUGAGGCUGAAGAAACACAAGUAAGAGAUUACAGGAAAAUCUUCAUGUAAUUGGACACCUUCAUGUAAUAACACAGGUUCAUUAUUUGAAAUAUUGUGUGACACUGUUGUGCUGCAGUUUAUUCUGUGUUUUUGAUGACUUUAUGCAUUAAAAACA